AUGUACGUUGCUGUUUUCUUUCAAAGGAACUUCUCUGCUUCCUCUCUGUUCCCGCUACAACUUCCAUCUCCAAUGGAAACUCAUUUAUGGUAUAUAUUACCUAAUGAGGUGAAGAGUACACGCCUUCUUAAUCAAUAUUUGGAACUUCUGUCACCAUGUGAGAAAGAAAAUGUGUUUCGCAUGUGGGGAAAUCAGCCCCAGAAAAGAGCCCUGCUAGCCACCAGUGAAUUGGUUCGGACUACCAUUGCAAGAUAUCAGACAAAUUUUCAAGUCGAUCCAAGAUCCUUGAAGUUCAAGAAGAAUAUCUAUGGUAAACCAGAGGUGAAGUGGCAAGAUGUUGAUGACUCACACCUACCUCCAUUGCAUUUCAAUAUAUCACAUAACUCUUCUUUAAUAGCCUGUGGAGUGACUCUGAGUUCACCAAUUGGUAUUGAUGUGGAAGAGAAGCAACGGAAGUUAUAAAACAAUAUACUUAUUCCAUCUUCAAGCAGUAAUUCUAGUAGAAAAUUCUUAACUUGUUAGAAAGUUUUA